AUGGCUUCGAAUCCCUCCCAAAACGAUCUCCGACAGUUCUACAUCGGCAAAGAUGUCGGCGAUGUGCCCAAGCCCGCUGCUGUCCUCGAUGUCGGUCUGAUUCGACGCCACUGUGGGACCAUGCUAGACACGAUCAACAAGCUGAACGUGGGGUUCAGAGCUCACAUCAAGUCUCAUAAGACUCCGGAGAUCGCCAAGCUCCAAAUUGGCGACAUCAAAGAAGCCAACUUCAUAGCUUCCACCACCCUGGAGAUUGAUAUGAUGAUCCCUCUUCUUCUGGAGUUCAUAUCGGUUAUGAUCGACCACCCGGAUCAAGUGCCCUUCAUGGAACAAUUGUCUUCCUUGGCAGGUGUCCCAGUCUGCGUCUUUGUCAAAGUUGAUACAGGCUACCACCGCGCCGGCUUGCCCCCAAUUUCUCUCAACAAGAACGGGUUGUUAGAGAAACUUGUUGCCGCGGAGCAAUCAGGCAAGGCGAAUAUUCUUGGAUUAUAUUCUCACAGCAGCUUGAGUUAUAGCGGCACAACGCCAGAGCAGGCCAUGGGCCAUCUCAUCAGUGAGAUCCGAGGAUGCAAAGAUGCCCUCCAGAAGAACUUGCAUCUCCUCCCCAAGAGGGAAUUGGUGAUCAGUGUGGGUGCCACUCCCCAGGUGGUCUCCUCUCAGAAUUUAAUGCUGAGCAACUCCUCCUGUAUGGAAGCACAGGAGUUGAAGACUCUCCUCAGCGAAACGAAUGUUGAACUUCAUGCCGGUGUAUACCCUAUUUUGGAUAUGCAACAGUUCUCGACCCAUGCCAGUGCCGCAUCUGGAAGCCUAGAGAAUGAGAUUGCUAUCUCAGUUCUUGCCGAAGUAUGCAGUGUCUAUAAUGACAGUGAGCGCGAGAAGCCCGAGGCACUUGUGGCUGCAGGAACGCUUGCUUUGGGCCGAGAGCCAUGUGCGAGCUACCCUGGCUGGGGUGUGGUUUCACCUUGGCGACUUGGGAAGCAGGAAUCUUCUCAAAAAUUAAUACUUGCACGGAUCAGCCAGGAGCAUGCGAUUGUGACUUGGAACGAUGAGUCUCAGGCAAACCUCCCGCUCAGUAUUGGACAGGUCGUCAAAGUUCAUCCUAACCAUGCAUGUGUGACUGGUGCUUACUAUGGUUGGUACUUUGUCGUGGACUCUGAUACUGAUCCCGAGGCCUCUAAGAUUGUGGAUGUAUGGGUACGAGGUCCUGGAUGUGGGAUGAGAGCCUGGUAG